AGUCAGAGAUUCCAAGCGAUUGAAGUUCCUGAAGAUCUUGGAAGGUUGAUCUCGAUUGAUUUUCAGUGGUAGUCUAUCGUGGACCGGGCAGAAGGAGAUGUCGGGCUGCCCGAGGGGCACGAUUACGUGCGGCAUGCUGCCAACGUUGCGAGCCCUGGCGUCCAAGCAAUGCGACAACAGCCAAGGUGUCGUCUGCCUCGUGCCGUUCGACGCCGACAUGGACUCCGCCAGUCACCUGCAGAUGAUCCUGUUGGAGGCGUACUGCCGCGAGACAGGUAUCAAGGUGUUGAGAGUGUCGAGAGAGAGGAUACGGGACCACCUGUGCCCUGGAAGCGUCGAUCUCUCCUGCGUACUCAUUUCUAGCGACGACGACCCAUACUACUUGGACACACCGGAGUGA